UCGAACGAGCGCAGCGCUUUGGCGCGCGCACUCUCGAUUUGGCAAACUUCCAAUUAUAUAUGAUCAGCCGCAAAAGCUAUGCUGCAUGCAUUCCAAACGAAACUAUUUAAUAUUAUACACUCUGGUCAAAUUCUUCCUCUCGCCUCUCUCGAGUCUCAUCUUUCGUUCCUUUCUCCUGGUGCGAUUUGAGAGCGAGGGAUGGGGAAGCCUUAUGACUUCAGCAAGAAUUUCAACAUUCGGGCUGGCAUCCUGGGUAUCUUUGCUGCAGCGUUGUUAUCCUACGUUCUUUCGUCUGGGCUAUUGAUUUAUUCUCUCAGACGUGCAUGGCAGAUAUACCGCGGUAAUGAAAGGGGGGAAUCACCCUUACAAGCCGUAUCGAUUCUAUUCCUGUUCGCUGUCUUUUCGGAUAUGGUACAAUCUUUUGCCAAUAUAUUGUCCGCCCGUUGGGCCUUCAAUGGAAAAGUCACUGAGGGAUCUUACUGCAAUGCCCAGGCUAUACUGAAGCAAGUAGGAAACGACGGUGUUGCAUGCUUCACCAUUGCGAUUGCCGUUUUAACAUUUCUGCAAGUCAUGUCCCCGAAUGCACUCGGCCGGUAUGGUGCCAAAUACUUUGUUAUUGGGGCGAUUGCAAGCACCGUCUUGUUCAUAUUCCUCAUCAUUACUGUACCGGCUACUAUCGAUCACCCUUACUACGGAAACACCGAUCUCUGGUGCUGGAUUUUGAAGGCCGGACAAUCGACUCGCAGGUUACGUAUCGCAAGCGAGUACGCAGUUAUGUGGCUGGCAGUGGUUUUGUCAGCGAUCCUUUACGGGACCAUCGUGAUCAAUUGGCUCCUUGAUGCCGUCGACAGUCAGCUGCGCCGUGAUGCAGUCAAGAUGCUGUGGUAUCCGAUAACUUACACCGUCGUCGUUGCUCCACAAUCAAUCGUCCGAUUCCUCCAAUUCAACAAUUAUAACCCACCCCACGGCAUCGUCAUUCUCACUUCAGUUCUCUUCACAUCAGGAGGCACUUUCAACUCCUCUCCCCCAACAGGACUGGCGAUUCGUUUUUGCAUCCUCGAGAUAACGGACGUGCUUUUAUGAAUGGAGGAGCAGGAGGAAAUGGGGUUUUCCCGUCUGAGUAUCAACACGUUCGACAUGAGAGAAGCAUUUCGGAUAUGGAUGAAUUGACCCCGACAUACGUCCAUAACAGUUAUACCUAUGAUGCUUACGCCAAUAACGGACCACCGCC